GUAGGAGAGAGCUGAGGGGAGGGGACAACUUCACAAUAAAACAGCUGCCUUUAUUUUAGAACCACAGGUUAAAAAUGGACCAGCACCAAGUUAUCAGAUAAUUAAAGGAUUCAUCGACAUUUUCAUUUUUCAGCCCAUCCAAAACAUAAAGUACACCAUACAUUCCAAUGGGACAUUCAGCAAAAAACUGAAAAAAAUGCGACAUCAUUUUUGAAGCCCUAAAUAAUGCCCCAAUACACCAGCGGUUUAAAAGCCCCAGACUGUGGAUCUCCCCCUUAGACAAAGCUUGGGAAAAGGUGCCCCACAUCCCCCAUAGUUGUCUUGCUUGGUUUUGCUAAAUUCCUGGAUGCCUAGGAUCAUGGUAAUAAUUUUGAUCCUAUAGACACUUAACAAUUGAGCAAAAAUAGCCUAAUAUGGCUGUUUGACAUGCAUUCAGACUGUAAUAAGGUCUCUUUUAACUAACUUACUAAUCAAUCAGUGUUGAAAUGCUUGAAUUCUAGCCUAUAUAUUAGGAAACUACAAUACAUCUUAAUGUUAAUAUGUACCAACACAUCAACAAUCACAUUCGGUGAAAGUGUUGCUUCCAGGAGAGUUUUAGCACAUCUCCUCUGGGUAUUAGCUGGCCUUUUAUCAAACAUCAUUGUGAGGUUUUAUUGUCAAACAUCAUUGUGAGGUUUUAUUGUCAGGGAGGAGCAAAUGUAAAUGCUGAGGUCAAAAGAGCGGAAUAAGAUCUCAACAGCAGGAGAGAGACAGAGACAAACUCAUUCUGACAUACAACUCCAGAGGAGAUACUAAGAUUUUGGCAAGGACAAAGAUCUAACCAAGUCCUUCAGAGAUGACCCGGGGUAGCGCAGCAGCAAGUGACAUGUUUAUCAGUCAGGAGGACUGUUUUACUGCCCAUACAUCUUUCUUUCAGAAGGUCAGAAGAUCAUCGGAUGAGCUGAUCGAUUCGGGUAAACAGGAGCUGACGCCUAGUGAGAUUCAACAUAAGAUUAAAGAGUAUAAUGCACAGAUCAACAGCAAUCUCUACAUGGUGGCCAAUAAAGAUGGGUCCUACACUGGAUUCAUCAAGGUCCACUUUCAGUUAGUCCGUCCUAUCUCCCUUCCUCCUGCUGAGAACUCAUGCUCAACACAGGAGGAAGAUCAGCAGGGCCGACGGAUGAAACGGCGGACAUCUUUCUACCUCCCUAAAGACGCUGCCAAGCACCUGCAUAUAAGCUCCCAAACACGAGUGCGAGAAGUCAUCGAGGCACUACUCAACAAGUUUACUGUGGUGGACAACCCGGCCAAGUUUGCCCUGUUUGAACGCUCAGAGAGACAUAGUCAAGUGUACAUGCGUAAACUGCCUGAUGAUGAGCAUCCCCUCCACCUGCGCCUGUGUGCUGGCCCCAGUGAAAAGGUCUUGACCCUUAUUUUGAAGGAGAAUGAGACAGGGGAAGUAAAUUGGGAUGCAUUUAGUUUACCUGAGUUGUGCAACUUUCUGCGAAUCCUGAAGCGUGAGGAGGAAGAGCAUGUGCGGCAGAUUGAGAGGCGCUACACUCGCACUAGGGAAACCACGAAGCAGGCUUUGGCAAGGAUUACGACUCCUGGUUGACUGUGAAGAAUUGAACUAAUCUCCAUAUCUUAACAUGAAGAAGAACACUCUCACACUUUAAAUAGUAUUGUGGAUUAUGAGGGUAAAAGGGAAAGCAAGAGCUCAGACAAUGACAUUGUUUUCAGUAAAUGCUGUUCAUGAAGGAGGGAUGCUGCUAUGUGUACGCAUUGAGCCACUGUUGUGAACUGAAUGGGUGUAUAAUAGAUGAUCUUUGAUUGAAUGCAGCUCUUUCUUGAAGAACCAUGCUACUUGUUUGGGUUAUUUAUAGUGGUAUUAAAACACACUUAUAGUAUAUUGUUCAUUUAUCAUGUGAUCUUUAGUUAUUUUCUGUGAAGCUGUUUUAAAAUGUUGGCACUUUAAUUAACCUGGGAAAUUAAUUUGGGCAAGAUAUAAUGUGAAACAAUUUGUUUACAUUCUAACUUUCUAAUAAAAAGAUCAUAAUAAAUAA